UGCCAGCCUGAGCCGGAAGUUGGUCUUCCCUGGCCAGCGCGUCCCUUCGGCGGGCCGCCCCGCGAGUGCGAUGCUCUGUGGUACCCGAGGCCUCCUGAGGGCCUCCGUAGCGCCCACCGCUGCCCUGGCUGCGGCCCUGCUCUCGACGCUUGCGCGCUGCUCGCUCCCGGAGCGCGGGGACCUGAGGACCACAGCGCUCAGCCCCUACUUCGGCACCAAGACUCGCUACGAGGAUGUCAACCCCGGACUGCUGUUGGACCCCGAGACGCCGCGGCGGGACCCGGAACUGCUGGCCGGGAGCUGCACCCCAGUGCAGCUGGUCGCCCUCAUCCGCCACGGUACUCGCUACCCUACGGCCAAACAGAUCAACAAGCUGAGGCAGCUGUACGGGCUGCUGCAGGCCCGCGGGCCGAAGGAUAAAAGGCCGGGCAGUGCGGAGUCUCGCGGCCUGGGCGCCGCACUUGCCGACUGGCCGCUGUGGUACGCGGACUGGAUGGACGGACAGCUGGUGGAGAAGGGACGGCAGGACAUGCGACAACUGGCGCUGCGUCUGGCUUCACUCUUCCCGGCCCUCUUCACCCAUGAGAACUACGGCCGCCUAAGGCUGAUCACCAGCUCCAAGCACCGCUGCAUGGACAGCGGCGUCGCCUUCCUGCAGGGACUGUGGCAGCACUACUAUCCUGGCCUGUCCCCGCCCGACGUCGCAGAUAUGGAGUGUGGACCUCCAAGAGUUAAUGACAAACUAAUGAGGUUCUUUGAUCACUGUGAGAAGUUUUUAACUGAAGUGGAAAGGAAUGCAACAGCUCUUUAUCAUGUGGAAGCCUUCAAAACUGGACCAGAAAUGCAGAACACUUUAAAAAAAGUUGCAGAUACUUUGCAAGUGCCAGUAAAUGACUUAAAUGCAGAUUUAAUUCAGGUAGCUUUUUUUACCUGUUCAUUUGACUUGGCAAUUAGAGGUGUUAAAUCCCCUUGGUGUGAUGUUUUUGACGUAGAUGAUGCAAAGGUAUUAGAAUAUUUAAAUGACCUCAAACAAUAUUGGAAAAGAAGCUAUGGAUAUACCAUUAAUAGUCGAUCAAGCUGUACUCUAUUUCAAGAUAUCUUUCAACACUUGGACAAAGCAGUUGAACAGAAGCAAAGGGAUUGAACUCACGACUGCCUGCUUGCAAGGCAGGCACUUAUGCCGCUGAGCUAAAUCCCCAGCCCCAAUAAGUAAGUUUUUGUCAUUAAAUAAUUCUCAGUGUUAAUCCUUUUUCUAUAUUUUCAUAAGCUCUUAAUUUCAACUUUUUGAUAUAUUCAGAUUUUAUAGUAGAAUAAGGUUAUGGUUUUUAAGAUUGGUAGUUCUUUUUUUGGCAAUAAUGGCUUUUAUAUGAGAGAUUUGUAAUAAAAAUUAAACAAGAUGAUUUCUUGGAAUAUAUCAAGCAUCAAACACAUGUCACAUGUUACUAAGAUCUCUUUUUAUAAAUUUUUAAUUUAAUUUUAUUUUAAAGAGAUUAAGAUAAAAGAGGACAGAACAAAGCACAUCAGAACAGAACAAUGUAAGCAAUGCUAGGGAGACUAUACGGUACUUAUACAUGUGAGUUUGAUUUAUUUUGCUUAUGAGUAUGAUCUCAAGUUGCAUCCAUUUAUUUAUAAAUAACUCAAUGUGAUCACUCUUUAUAGCUGAGUAGUAUUCCAUUGUAUAAAAAUACCACAACUUUUUAUCCAUUCCUCAGUUGAUGGAACAACUUAGGUUGUUUCCAUAUCUGCCUACUACAAGUGGUGCUGCUAUAAACAUGGGUGCACAUAUAUCACUGUGGUAUGAUGUUUUCAGUUCUGGGAAUAUGCCCAGAAGUGGAUUAGCUGGGUCAAAUGGGACUUCCAAUCCCUGGUUUAUGAGGACUUUCCAGACUGACCUCCAUAGUGGUUGCACCAGUCUACACUCCCACCAACAAUGCAGGAGAGUUCCUUUUUCCCCCACAGCCUCUCCAGCAUUUGUUGUUGGUAGUUUUCUUUAACUUGGCCAUUCUUCCUGGAGUGAGAUGGAAUCUCAGUGUUGUUUUGAUUUGCAUUUCUCUAAUGCCUAAUGAUGGUGAACAUUUUUUCAUAUGUCAUUUGUAUUUUUUCAUCUGACAACUGUGUAUUCAUCUGUGUAUUCUGUGUGUUCCCAUUUUUGGAUUGGGUCUUUGAAUUUUGGGGUUCUGAUUUUUUUAAAUUCUUUAUAUGUUUUAUACAGAAGUCCUUUGUCUGAGGGACAGUUCACUAAGAUUUUUUUCCCAGUUUGUGUGUUUUCUUUUCACUAUGCUGGAGAUUUCUUUCCACUUGCAGAAACUCUUUGAUAAGGCAUGAUCCCAGUUAUUGAUUCUUGGAAUUUUUUCCUGUGCGCUUUGAUUCCUGUUCAUGAAUUCUCUAUCUACCCCUAUGUCUUCAAGAUUUUUACCUAAUUUGUCUUCCAACAGAUUUAGUGUUUCUGUUUUAAUAUUCAGAUCUUUGAUCCAUUUAGAUUUUAGUUUAGUACAUGAUGAUAGGCAUGGGUCUAGCUUUAGUUUUCAGCGUAUGGAGAGCCAGUUUUCUCAACACCAUUAAAGAGACUAUCUUUCUUCCAGUGAAUAGGUUUGGCCCCUUUAUCAAAGAUAAGGUGGUUGGGUGUGUUUGUAGUGUUGUUGUAUCUUCUAAUCUAUUCCACUAAUCUUCAAAUCUGUUUGUAUUCUAGUGCCAUGUUGAUUUCAUUACAGUAGCUUUGUAGUAUAACUUCAAGUCAGAGAUUAUGAUGCUUCCUGCCUUGCCUUUGCUACUUACAAUUGCGUUUGCUAUUCUAGGUCUCUUCUGGUUCCAGAUGAGUUUUAGGAGUGAUUUCUCUUGAUCUAUGAAGUAUCUUAGUGGUAUUUUCAUUGGGAUUGCAUUGAAUCUGUAUAACAGUUUUGGGAGAAUGGCCAUUUCCACAAUAUUUAUUCCUCCUAUUCAUGAACAAGGGAUUUCCAUUUUCUGAGGUCGUCUUCAAUUUCUUUUUUCGGGGUAUUGUAAUUUUCCCUGUAUAGAUCUUUUACUUUCGUGAGAUUAAUUCCUAAGUAUUUCAUUUUUUGGAUGCUAGUGUGAAGGGUGUGGCUUCUCUCAUUUCUCUCUCAGUGAAUUUAUGGUUAGUGUAUAGGAAUGCUAUUGAUUUUUUAGUAUUUACUUUGUAUUCAGCUAUAUUGCUGAAUUUAUUUAUUAGAUGUAGGAGUCUUUCAAUGGUGUUUUGGGGAUCUUCUUGUACAGUAUCAUGUCAUCUGCAAAUAAUGAUAAUUUAACUUCCUGUUUUCCUAUCUUUACCCCUUUUAUUUGUCUCUCUUGUCUAAUUACUUGGCUAGUCUUUCCAGUACUAUGUUGAAUAAGAGCGAAAAUAAGGGACAUCCUUGUCUUGUGCCUGGUUUUAAGGUAAAGGCUUUCAGUUUUUGCCCUUUUAAUAUGAUGCUGGCUGUUGAUUUGUCAUAGAUGGCCUUUAUCAUAUUGAGGUAAAGGCCAUCUAUUCCAAUUUUCUGUAAGGGUCUUAUCAAGAAUGAGUGUUGGACUUUAUCAAAAGCUUUUUCUGCAUCUAUAGAAAUGAUCAUGUGAUUCUUAAUUUUGGUUCUAUUGAUAUGGUGGAUUACAUUUAUUGAUUUGCAUAUGUUGAACCAUCCCUGCAUGCCUGGGAUGAAUCUCACUUGGUCAUGAUGUAUAAUCUUCUUGAUGAUUUGCUGCAUCCUAUUUGCCAAUAUUUUAUUGAGAAUUUUUACAUCUGUAUUCAUUAGGGAGAUUAGCCUGUUGUUCUCUUUUUAGUUGGGUCUUUCUCAGUUUUUGGUACUAGCCUAAUACUUGCUUUCAGGAAUGACUUAGGAAGAAUUGCUUCCCUUUUGAUUUCAUUGAAGAGUUGAGAAGUGUUGGCAUUUAGUCUUCUUUGUAUUUCUUGUAGAAUUCCACAGUGAAUCUGUCUAGGCCUGGGCUUUUCUUUGUAGGUAAGGACUUAAUUACACUUUCAAUUUCAUUGAUAGAAAUUGGGUUAUUCAGCAGUUUUACAUUUUCUAGACGCAGUUUUGGUAGUUCAUGUGUUUCUAGGAAUCUGUCCAUUUUUUUCUGUGUUAUCAAACCUAUGAGAGUAGAGGUUUUUGAAACAGGUGUUGAUGAUCUUCUGUAUUUCCACAGAGUGUGUAGUGAUUGCACCUUUUUCAUUCCUUAUUGCAUAAAUUUGAGCAUUUUCUUUCCUUUUUCUAAUAAGGUUGGCUAUAGGCUUAUCAAUUUUAUUCUUUCAAAGAACUGACUCUUUGAUUCUUUCAUUCUUUGGAUUGUGUGUAUUGCAUUAAUUUCUGCUCUGAUUUUUAUAAUUUUCUCCCUUCUUUUGGCUUUGCACUUGACUUGCUCUUCUUUUUCUAGAUAUUUGAAGUAUAGCAUCAGUUUGCUUAUUUGUGUUCAUUCUGUUUUCCUGAUGUGGGAACUCAGUGCAAUAAAUUUUCUUCUGAGGACUGCUUUUGAUGCAUUUCACAGACUCUAGUAAGUUGUAUUUGUAUUUUCGUUUGCUUGUAGGUAUGGUUUAAUUUCCCCUGUGACCCACUGACUGCACAAGAGUAUAUUAUUCAAUUUCCAUGUGUUUGUGGGGUUUUUGCAGUUUCUUUUUUCCUUAAUUUCUAGUUUCAUGGCACUAUGAUCCAAUAACAUGCAUGAGUAACUUCAGUUCUUUUUCAUUUACUUAAAUAUGAUCUGUGGGCUACUAUAUGCUCUAUUUUAGAGAAUUUCCUGUGUACUGCUGAGAACAAUGUAUAUUCUGAUGCUGUUGGUUGGAACACUCUGUAUAUGUCUAUCAGUUCCAUUUGUUCACAGGUGUGAUUCAGUUCUGUUAUUUCUCUGCUGAUUUUUCUUCUGGUUGAUCUGUCCCUUUGUGUCAAUGGUGUGUUAAGGUCUCUUGUUAAUAAUUGUGUUACUGCUUAUUUGCUCUUUCAUUUCUGUUAGUACUUGCUUUGUAUAGCUAGUUGUUAUGGAAUUUGGUGCAUAUAUAUUUAAGAUUGUUAUCUCUUCCUCUUGAAGUUUUACCCUAACUAGUAUGUAGUGACCUUUUCUCUUGGGAUCAUUCUUGGUUUGAAGUUCACAUUGUCUGCAAUCACAAUAGCUACCCUGCUUUUUUGUGUGUUCCCGUUGCAUGAAGGAUUUUUCCAUCCUUUGAUUUUCAGUCUAUGAGUUUACUUUUGGGUUAGAUGGGCUUCUUGUAGACAGCAUAUGGUUGACUGUUGUUUUUUGAUCCAUUCUGCCAGUCUGUUUCUUUUAAUUCGUGAAUUGAAACCAUUUACAUUAAUGGUUAUGACUGUUAUAUAUAGGUUUAUUGUUGACAUCUUCUCUUUCUGCUGUUGUAUCUUUACUUUUCCAUUCUGUUUAAUUGUCUGCCUUGCUUAGUGGUUUUUUCCUAUGUGUAUGUACAUUGUCUUUCAGUAUUCUUUGCAGGGUUGGUUUGGAGUCAUGAAGUUCUUCAGCUGUUGUUGUCAUAGAGGUAUCUUAUUUUUCCAUCCAUUUUGAGGGAUAGUUUUUCAGGGUAUAUAGUCUGGGUUGGAAGUUGUUUUCCUUUAGUAUCUGAAAUACUUCGCUCCAUGCUCUUCUUGGCUUCAUUGUGUUGAGAAGUCUGCUGUGAUUCUGAGAGGUUUUUCUUUAUAGUGAUCUGUCUUUUCUCUCUAAGAGCUUUUAAUAUUCUGAUCUUACGUUUGAUUUCAGGAAUGGUGAUUAUUAUAUGUCUGGGUGUAGUUUUAAUUUGGUUAUGGCUAUUUGGAAUUCUAUAUGCUUCAGUAAUCUGCAUGUCAGCUUCCAUGCUCAUGUUUGGGAAAUUUUUAGCUAUUACUUCUCUAGAUAUCCUCUUGAUGUCCUUUGUGUUGUCCCCUUCUUUUUCAUUUAUCCCUAUCUUAUAUUGUUUCUCUUUGCAUCAUCUUAUAGCUAUUGAAUUGUUAUUUCCCAGAUUCCUUAUUUUUAAAAGAUCUUUCCUUUCUUGUUCACUAGCUACAAUCUUGUCUUUAAGGUCUGAAAUUCUAUCUUCACUUUCGUUGAUGCGGUGUUGAGAACUUACAAUGAAAUUUUUGAUUUCUUGUAUAUCUCUUUGACCCUGCUUCGUGUAUUCUGUUUGUUUCUUAUAUUGUUCAUUCAAGGAAUCUGUUUUUUUGCAUUGUUCUUCUAAUUUUUUAACUGUGUCUUCUUUAGCUGUGUUCAGCAUCUCUUUCAUUACUUUUAUCAUUUCUUCUUUUUACCUGGUAGAUUAUUUCUAAUUUGAACUCCUUUGUAGCUUCCUGGAGUUGCUUCUUUAUUUCAGUUGCUAUUAUAUCAGGUAUUUCAUUUGUAUGGCUUAUAUUUUCUUCUAUGUACAUGCUCCUAGGGUUUCUUGGGAUGGGCUGCAGGUUUGAGAUUACAUUUUGGUCUUUUGUCAUUUUCCUGUAUUUCUGUGUUUCCAGCAGUGUUGCAAAGCUGCUUCUGGGAAUGCUGGAAAUCGCCUCCUAUGCCCUUGGCUCCUGGGACUGAAUGGAGGUUGUUGAACGUGGUCCAGUGAGGCCCUCAGGACCUCCCGUGCCACCUUCAGUGUUCUAACAACCUGGGUGGGCUACUAACCAUUGUGGGUGAUGGUCCAAAGCUCUCCCUGGGCUAGUGCCCGUGUGCUGGAACUUACCUCGCACAGCCUCAGCUCCCUGGAUUGAGAGGAGGUCACUGGGCAUGGCCUGGUUAGACCCGCAAAACCUGCUGAGCCUAGUCUAGUGUGGCUGGAUGCUGGUUGGGCACUUAUAUGCUGGCAGCGAUGAUUGGAAACUCUCCCUAGGCCCACAUUGGUGUGCUAGAACUCACCUCGUGAGGCCUUAGCUCCCCUGGUUGAAAAAAGUUCGCUGGGGAUGGGCCAGUUAGGCCGCGAAACCUUCAAAGCCUAUUCUAGUGUAGCUGGAAGCUGGGCAGGCACUUAACUGCUGGCAGCGAUGAUCUUAAACUCUCCCCAGGCCUGCAUUGGUGUCCUGGAACUCACCUGGCAGCACCUCAGCUCCCUGGUUUCUGUAGUUCUGUAUUUUAACAUAAGAUGGCAGCAUUGAAAUCAGUGUAUAGCAGAAACUGUAUCUAAGGUAUGGGCACUGUAAAUGUGUGAUCAUUUAACCCAUUGUAAUAAGAGGAAUUCAGUCUUUUAAAUGUUUUAGAAAUCCAUGUAGAUUAUAGAUCCUUUUGCUACCUGUCUGAAAUCAGAACUCUGUGGAAUUUAAUUAGGUAUAUCAGGAAUCCCUUUUAAUGCUAGUUAUUCCAAGUACUGACUAAAUUAAAAGUUUAUGUUGCUAACUUGUCCAUACUCUAAGUUCAGAUUCAGAUAUCUAACUACCUUUUUGGAUAAAUACUUUUUCACUGUCACUAGACAGUCUGUGGUGUCUGGGUGUCACUGCCCUCCCUUCAGCGCCUGCUAUAGUAUCAGGGAUAUAGUUGUUACCCCCAAUAUGUAGUGAUGAAAAAUAUCCACAAUCCUUUUUUUCCUGUAUUUUUCUCUUUUAGUUAGUGCCACUGUUAUCCUCCCAGACAUUCAAGCCACACACCUACACAUCAUUCUUUUUUUAUUAGUGCAGGUUUAUAAUAUAUGAAAUUUAUACUCAUUUAAACAAGUAAGUACAUAUAUCUAACACAUCUAGAUUAUUUUUAUAUCCAUUCUAUUCUCCAUCCAUCCCUCUCCCUCUAUCUUUAGAUUUCCUUUACUCAUUUUCAUUAUUAUUUUUAAUUCACCUUUUCAAACAUGUUUACGUUCACUGGGUUGUUUACAUGGACAUGACACAUUUUAAAGUUUGGACUUCUCUUUCCUCUCUAACUCCCCACCUGGCUGUACAUCUCGUGGAUUCCUUUCUAGUUGUAAAAGAUUUACAGUGUCUCCCUACUUCCUUCUAUCAGUGCUUUAUUUUGUGUUUUAUUACACUUCAUCUUUCUCAAAUGAAAGAUGCCACAAGGUAUUUAAGCUUCUUUUGCAUCAUUCUUGACUACAUUGCACUUACCCUCUGUAUGUACUUGUAUUUUGUUUUUUUAUUUUUUAAACCUUCAAUUUAUGCUUAUCUGUACCACUUUGUUCCAUCCUCACUCCUGCCACUUCAUGUUAGACUGUUAUCUAAACUUUAUCUAGACUUUUCUCUACUUGCUAGGACAAAGUAAAUAACACCCAAAUUGAAAUAAGGAGUGGUUUAUUUAGCUACCUGUGGAGGUUUCAGUUCAUAAUCAGCUGGUUCCAAGGCAGGGUGACAUAGCACUGGGGCAACACUUCAGGGGAGCAGCCAACAAAAGCCAGAGCUAAAGGAAAGAAAAGUAAGCCUCUUUUCUUCCCUUGCAUUGUAUGAAAGCCACCACCACCCCACCCUCUAGCAGGUCCCCCAGGCAGAUAUAACACUCUCAAAAUCUCUGUGCCCUCUUGCACAGGGAUGAAGAUAUUUACAAAGUAAGGAUCCUGACUCCUUGUUAAUUCUCUUAGUUAAACUUCAAAACGUGUCACAUUAACACUGUGUAUCAACUAUAACAUCUGUCUCAGAUGAUCAACUGCCUCUCCGAGGCUUCCCUGAUUUCAGUGUCAUUUCCAUUCUACUUCAGUGUACUAUCAGUCUUUCUUCCAAGAUGCAUUGCUGAUCAUAUCCAACUCCUACGUAGACCAUUUAGCAACUUCUCAGUGGUUGCCAAGACAAAAUGCUCUCAAAGUAUUGAGGACUUGCUUAACUUUGUAUUUGUGGGUUUUAAAAAUUUUAUGUAUAGCCCGGCAUGAUGACACACGCUUGUGAUCCCAGCAUGCAAAGCUAACGCCAGCCUGAGGCCAGCCUGAGCUAUGUAGUGAGUCCUAGGCCAUCCUAAAGUGUAUAAAUUGAACAAGUAUGUAUACAUCAACUGGAUAAAGAAAUAAAACAUUGCUAUCACUCUAGUAAACCUCCUAAUACAACUUACUUACGUAUUUGUAAGGCAUUGCUUAUAGUUUUCCUUUAUUAAUGAAGCCUUCCUGUAUGUUUUUAUGUUUUUUCAUUCAAUAUUAUAUUUGAAGUCAGUUAUGUGAGAUAACCAAAGUUUCUUUAAUCUCUUUAUUGCAUUAAGUAUAGUUUUACAAGUAUUUUUCCUUCACAAAUAUUUUGAAACUCUUUGUUGUUGCAUUAUAUUCAGCUAUUUUAGAAUCACUUUCAAAUUGAUUGUCAUUUGUUCUUGACAUAUUUGGAGAGUAGGCCUAUUUUACAUUGCUCUAAAGAGUUGAACCAGCAGGCAGAUCUUAUUCCAGUUACUUUAAGAAGUCCCAUGGCGUUUUAAUAAUGUUGAUUUUUUAAAAUAGGCUUGUAAAGUAGUAAAUUUCCUGUCAUACAAGUAUUCUAGUUGAUUCUGAAUAAAUGUGUCAGAACUUCUGUAGAAGGAAUUUUUCUACCAACUAAAAAGAUAAUGAAUGACUGCAUGAUUCUAUAAUGCAAAACUCAAUUCAUUUCAGUUCAGUGAGCAUUUUGAGGCACAUAAAAUGUGGUAGGCAUAGUAGUAGACAUUAGGAACAGUAUUCACACCUGAAUAAGAAAUUAUAUUUACAUUUUAGUUGCUCACAUCUAGUAAAGAUGAUACUUUAAAAACUAAUUUACAUAAAAGUAUGUGGAUGCUUAGGAAAGGGAAUAAUAUCAGGGUCAGUGUAAUUAGAAAAGGCUGUUUGGUAGAUGUAAGGUGUAAGUUAGGUCUUAAGCAAAAGGAAUGAAAUGAUACGAUUUUCAUUGGUUUUAGAAGCGCAUUAAAAUUUAAAUCCUUGUGCAGCCUUUCUAAACCAAAUGAAAAUACAGAUGAUAUUCAUUUGCCAAGAUGCAGAGAAGUUUGGAUACAAUUAUAUUUUCAUAUAUGUAGGUAUACCACACAAAUACACCUCAAAUACAAACAUUUAUUUUACCACUAUGCUUUGUGAAUAAGUGCUUAAUAGAUAGCUAUUUUUAGAUAAUUGCCAACACCAUCAUGAUGAUCACCCUAAGAUACAGUUUGGCUAGAAAAGAAUAUUGAUAACAUUGAAACAAGGAAGAAUAUCAGGCAAAGGCCUGUGUGAGACUGAAACUGGAGUUUGUGGGAUGCUAAGUAUAUUAAUUUGAUGACCUGAGUUGGACAAUGUUGGAAAACAAGUCAUGCUGGGUAGGUUGGUUCUACAUGCUAACUGAAAAAAAAUUUUUCCCCUUUAAUUACUUGUGUUGAUUUUUAGGUCCUAUGUAUUCUGAGAUUAAUAUUUGGGAAUGUUUUUACUUAAUUAGAAAGUAUUAUUGUGGUUUAUAUAUGAAUGUCCCCACAAAGCCUCAUGUGGCCUUAGGGGUGCUCUUUGGAGCCGAUUGGAUUAUCGGGGCAUGAUGAUUGUCAGUGAACUAAUCCACUGAUGAGUUUAUAGCUAAAUGUGAUUUGGGACGUAAAGCCUGGUUGGAAGAGGUGGAUCACUGGGGGUUAGCCUGGAAGACUAUUUUCCUCCUUCCUCUCUUGAUCUCUUUCUGCUUCCCAUGGUUGUGACAUUUCUCCACUCCUAUGCCACCUUGCUUUGGAGCCUCCUAACAAUGGGCUGAAACCUCGACAAACCAUGAGCUAGAGUGCACCUUUCCUUCUUACAGCUGUGGGUGUUGUGUAUUCUCUCAGUGAAGAAGAAAGUAAGACAACCGACAAGUAACAUCUACCCUGUUACUUUUUAAAACUUCAACAAAUCUAUUGAAGUAAAUGUAGGGCAUCCCCCAUGUUAUUUUUCAUUAACCACUGUAUCUGGGUUAUUUUGCAGGCAAUAGCGGUUAUAUAAAAAUGAAUACUUUCUAUUUUAUAAAAAUAAAAACAAAAUUGCAUAACAAAAUAAUGAGUAUAACAGUAAUUAAAACUUUGUAUCAUUAUCUUCAAAGCAGUUUCUCAGGGCACAAAACAAACCAAAAAGAUUCUUUUUUUUUUUUUUUUUUAAAGAAUUUUAUUUAAAGAGAAAAAAAAGCAAAACAGAAAAAAGGGUAGAAGUAAUACAGAAUUUCAAAAAAAACAAAUAGUAAGAAAUCACUAGUUGAUAGAUUUCAUAUUGUCAUCUUAGAAGUCACUAUUCCAGUUACAAAAUUAAAGCAUACAAAGUGGACAUUCAAACAGUGAGACUGCAAACAGUUCUGUUCAAUGAUCCAACAAAAACUUAGUAAUAUACUUAUCUAUCUUACACACUUAAACAUACAUGCAGUUAUAUCCUUUAGAGCACUUUCUUUUCCUCUCUUUUUUUAUAAUAACAGUUACACAUUUUAGGUAUUAUUACUCCUACAGUUCUUAUUACUUUGUUUGAAGAGAAUAAAGCCAAAGGUAACAAAACAAAAUGCAAUCAAUUAAAACAAGAAUAGACAAUAGUAUAUUAUGUAAAAACAAAAUACAAGGUGGUCAACAAUGGCUACUAUAAAGCCUCUUGCUAUCUUCAAAAGAAUUGCCAUAUCUUUAAAGAGGGUAAGAUUAAACAUACCAAAACAGAACAAAACAGAUCAUAAGGAAACAAUUUUAAGAAACACUGAUUUCAAAGCAAGUCCACUGGAGAUCUUUCCUGUCUAUCUUAUUGUCUCUAGUUUUCUGCCAAAUAGUUGUCCCCAUCUUCACACACAUUGAAUACAUACUGAACAUUAUAGAACUAAUCUAAUCAGAGCAGGAUGAUGAAGGCUUUUUAGGUCUUCAAGACCUGAUAUUGGGGAAGUCAAUAGUGACUGCCAUAAUGUCCCUCAUUCUCUUCAUAGUAGCUGUCCUUAUCUUUACGUACGCUGAAAUUGAACAUGAGACUAGACUAAUAUCACUCUGAACUGUGAAUAAUAGUUUUGCUAGAUUUUAUAUCAUAAUGUAACAGAAUUAGCACUGGGUUUCUUAGUGUUUCUUCUUCAGAGUAUCUGUUCAUUACAUCAUGCAUUAUAUAAUCUGUUCCGUAAGCUGUUUACAAAUUCUCCCCAUGUGUGAAUCACUACAUGUAUAUCUAUCCUUUCUGUAUUAUAGGGAAAAACAGAUCAUAACAAAACAAAAAAACAAAUUCUUAGAAAAAUAUGAAAUGAAAAAGACAUAUAAAAUCACAAUAUUAGAAUAUUAGGUGAUCUACAGUAGUUACUAUUCUUUCUCUUGUUAUUUUCAAUAGAGUUGUCCACAUCAUCAGACAUAUAAUAAUUGAACAUAGCAUUACAUAGCUAUGUUAAUAAACAUACAACUUUGGAGACAUUGUAGGACUUCGAAAGCAGUUAAUAAUCAAAUCGGAAUGACUGUGUUAUUACAUCUUGUCAUCUUCAGAAUGGUUGCCUCUACUCUUAGACUUGAUACUAUCGAACAUACCAAAUUCGAAUAAAAUCAGUCCAGGCAAAACAGCAGUUUAACAAACCAGCUUCAAAUAAGAUCAGUCAUAGUAAGACAAUGUAGGUAAUACAAGGCUUCAGUUUCAGUUAGUAGGAAAUUAAGGAUAGUUAGCAUGGUAUAGCCUGCUAUUUUGGGGAUAGCUAUCUGUGCCCACAAAUCUAGUAUGAGUAGACUGACAGGAACAAAAUAAAAUCAAAUUAAGCAGAGUGAUAAGACUACUGUGGCUUUUAAAUCCUGAUACACUAUUAACAAUGUCCUCUGCCUUUUUUAGGCAGUUCCUCACCUUUCGCUUUCUCCAGAUGCUUUGUAUAUUUUGGGUCCCACUAACUCCUUUAGUUUUUAGAUUAAGGGGCAACCUGUUAUCUAUCUUGGUGGUGCUGAACUUUUUAGCCCUGAGCUUGAUCUUGAGCUGUACUCCUUUACUUACUAAAGCCACAAGGUUUUUAUUCCUUCUAGCUGUGUAGUUCUACACUACACGAAAGUGUCAUAACUUUCCAACCUACGUGCGGCUGCUGGACGAGUCGUUCCUAUUUCUCUCUGGUUCCCUGUCACUUAGAGCUUCGUUUUCUUGUCUUUGACUUUAAGUUUAUUAACCUUCUUUCAGGUUGAGUAUAUUUCCUAUUCAGAGCAUCUCGAUGGAUCCUGCUUCCUAAUCUAUUCUGCCUAUGUUUCUUUUUGUUAGUGUAUCUAGGCUAUGUAUGUUAAAAAUUAUAACCCACCUUCUCUGCCUCAACUCUGUUAUUUUAUUUUUCUGCUAUUAUUUGUCCAUUUUUCUCCUUCAUUCCACUGUCCUCCUUGUUCCACUUGUCCUCCUCCUCUCUGCCACUGUUGCUGGAAUCCUGAUAUUUUUUUCCCCUCUCUCUCGAGAAUAUCCUUUAGUAUUUUCUGUAGGGUUGGGUUGGUGGCCAUGAACUCCCACAGUCCUUAUGGUCUUGGGAACAUCUUGUUUCUCCAUUAAUUUUGAGAGAGAGAUUUUCAGGGUACAUCAGUCUUGUUUGGAGGUUAUUUUCUUUCAGGGAUUGGACUGUUUCCCCCCAGGCUUUUCUCGAUUUAAUAGUUUGUGUUGAUAAGUCUGUCAUUAUUUUGAUGAUUUGUCCUUUGUAGGUGAUCUGCUUCUUUUCUCUGACUGCUUUUAAUAUUGUGUUCUUGUGGUGGAUUUCUGGAAUCUUGAUUAUAUGUCUGGGUGUAGAUCUGUUUUAGUUGUAGUUGGCUGGAGUUCUGUUUGCCUCAUUUAUUUGAAUAUCAUUUCUUUUUCCUAUGCUUGGGAAAUUUUCCUUAAUUAUUUCUGUAAUUCUUUGUAAUUCGUUUGUGGUCACUCCUGCUUCUUUGCUUAUAUUUUUUAUUCUUUUUUUUUUAAUUUUAUUUAAGGAGAAAAGAAAAAAAAGCAGGGAAAGGGUACAAGUUAUACAGAUUUACAGAAAAAAAAUGAACAGUAGGAAAUCACUAGUUAAUGGAUUACAUCUUGUCAUCUUAGAAAUAAUUGUUCAAGUCACAAAAUUAAAGCUUGUAAAGUGGACAUUCCAUCAAUGAUACUGCAAACAGUUCUGUUCAUUGAUCCAAUAAAACUCUGUGAUAUCAUUUUCUAUCUUAUACACUUAAAUAUACAUGCAGUUAUAUAGUUUGGAGCACUUUCUUUUCCUCUCUUUUGUACCAUGACUAUUACACAUUUUGGGUUUUAUUGCUCCCACGGUUCUUAUUACUUUUUUGGAAGAGAGUAAAACCAAAUGUGACAUAACAGAACAGAAUCGGUCAAGUCAAAAGGGUGGACAUAAUAGAUAAUGUAAAAACAUAAUACAAGGUGAUCAACAAUGGUUACCAUAAUGCCUCCCGCUAUCUCUAAUAGAAUUGCCUAUAUCGUUAGUUAUAAUACAAUUGAACAAAACAGUAAAGAAUAAAACUGACAAAACCAAAACAUUGGAGACAUUGUAGGUCUUCAAAAGUAGAUAAAAGUCAACAAGAAUGGGCGUCAUAAUGAAUCUCAUUAUCUUUACAGCUGAUGCCUAAACUUUCGAACCUGAUACUAUCCAACAAAACAGAAUAGGGGAACAUCAGUUAAAACCCAGAUGGUGAGAGUAAUACAGGGCUUUAAAUCAAGGUAAUGAAAAGUCAAAGUGGGUUACUAUAAUAUAUCCUGCUAUUUUUUUCCUUUAAUUAAAAGGAUAAAGAUAAAAAAGUAAAUAAUGGAGUGGAGAUUGAGAUAAAAGAGGGCAUAACAACGAAACAGCGCAGAACAAAACAUAUCCAUUUAAGCAGAAUAGUGUUUCACCACCAGAUAAUCCUAACCUAAAAGUAGUUACCAUAUUGUCUCUUUCUUUGAAAUCCUUGAGUACAACUUCGUAUACUGUAGCAUUAAGUAUAUCAAAACAAUGUAAAACCAUUCAAGAGAAUGACAGCAUUACAGAGUAUUUAGAAUCGACUAACAGAAAAUGAACAAUGGUUUCUGUAUAAUCUCCUUGUCUUUAAAAGGUUUUUGCUUAUACUAUCCGUACAUAAUAAAAUCCAAUAAGAUACAGCCUAUUUAGACCAUUGGAGACAGAAGGACAAAAGCUAGAUGAGACUUCAAAACAAGAUGAUACUAAAUCAGUAUUACCUAUUAAGAUGUCAUUUUCUCCAAAAUAGCUGUUCCUAUCAUCCAAUCUUCUCUGCCUCAUUUCUGUUGAGCUCUUUUUCUGUCAGUAGCUGUCAGUUUGUCUUCUUCAUUUUGUUCUCUGCUCCAUUCGUUGUGGCCUCUCUGCUAUUAUUUCUGGAUUCUUUGUAUUUUUCUUUUUUUAGAAUAUCCUGCAAUACUCUCUUUAGAGUUGAAUUGGUGGUUGCAAAUUCCCCCAGUUCCUCUUUAUCCUGGAAGCACCUUGUUUUUCCAUCAAUUUCCAGGGACAGUUGUGCAGGAUAUCUCAAUUUUGGCUGGAGAUUAUUAUCUUUCAAAGCUUGAAUUAUUUCACCCCACGCUCUUCGUGAUUUGAUGGUUUGUGCAGAGAAAUCUGCUGUAAUUCUGAUGGGUAUUCCCUUGUAAGUGGUCUGUUUCUUGUCUCUUACAGCUUUUAAUAUUCUGUUCUUGUAUUGAAUUUCUGGAAUUUUUAUUAUUAUAUGCCUGGGUGUUGCUCUGUUUGGGUUGUAGGUAGCUGGGGUCCUGUAUGCCUCAUACAUCUGAGUAUCUUUACCUUUUGCUAAAUUAGGAAAAUUCUCCUGGAUUAUUUCUGUGAGUAGCUUUUGUAGUUCACUUGUUUGUGUCCCUACUUCUUCUUUUAUGUUCUUAAUCCUUAAGUUAUGGAUCCUCUUAUCAUCUUGUCUUUGUAUUAUUGCUGUUUGUUUCUUUGUUAUUUUUAAGAAGUUUUUCAUUUCAUUCUCCCAUAUUACAAGUCUGCCCUCCAGUUCAGAUAGUCUGUCCUUAGUUUCUUUCAAGCUGUUAUGCCAGUCUUCUAUAGACUUCUUAGUAUCUUGGUAGUCCCUUUGAACCUGCUUCACGUAUUCUAUGCUUUCUCUGUUUUCUCCAUCAAACAAUUCUCCCCUUUUUUUCUGUUCUUCCAUUCCACCACCUGUUUUUUCUUGGGUGGUACUUAGCAUUUCUCUAACUAUUCUGCCUACUUCUAGCUUCAGGUCGUUGAUAACUUCAUUCCUGAAUUGGUCUAUGAGGCUCUCUAUAUGGUGCCUUAUGUAUAUUGGUGCGGUGUCUGCUAUUGCCUGUUUCUCAGAAUUGGGGGCCGAGGAGCCUUUCUUGUUGCUGCCUUUUCCCAUGCUGCCUCUUCUUCUCUGUUCCUUAUAUAUGCAAGCUUAUAUAAGAGGCCCAGCUUCUCUCCCAGUCAGCCACAGCCUGAUCGAAUUGUGCCAGUUAGGUGUUCCCGCUCACCGCUGCGCACCAGGGAGUUACGGACCAGGCAGCCUACGCGUCUCCCCUCCCGGCCACUGUCAGGCUUUGGGAUCUGGGUUGGGACAGCCUACCAGGUCCGCCGGCAGCGUCACGCAGGCCAGGCACUUUUUACCAAUCCCGCCCGAGAGGGGGAUGUGUGGCUGGAGUCGCCACAGCGCCGUGCUCCCGCAGGACUGCUCGGGCCCAGAAAGUCCACUGCUGGAGUCAAACUGUGGUAGAGUGUCAGUUUCUCUCACCUACCUCACCACAAGUCAGUGCACGCCUCCCUGCCGUUUGCAGAUUGCCGUUCUCAGAGCUUCUGCGUGUCUCUCUCCUUGCCGAGCCACUGUAGAGGCAGCCAGCCACCGCACGGCGGGAAACCCAAAUCGCGGCUUACAAUGGCGCGGGGUCCAGCCUGCACACCAAGGCUUUUCUGUAUCUGUUUUAGCACCAGGACUGCAUUCCAAGUUGGUUUCUCUCAGCCCAGUUCGUUCCUGAGUCAGCAGAGCAUAUCUCCACCUGCUUAUGUCUCCUUAGUCCGCACCAUUCCUGGCUUCUGAGCCAAGUCUUUCAGAGAGCCUCCGGUAGUUUCUGUUAUCUGUCCGCCAUGUUCUCCCGGAAUAUAUUUUUUAUUCUUAAGUUAUAGAUCUUCUUGUCAUCUUCUAGCCUUUGGAUUGUUGCUUAUUGGUUCCUUGUUAUUUUUAAUAGGUCUUUUCCUUCAUGAUUACACAUUGUAAAUCUUUCUUCAAGUUUCAAAAGGCUAGCUUUUGUUUCUGUCAAGGCAUUUUGCCAGCUUUCAAUGGAGUUUUUAGUUUUCUGGUAGUCUCUUUGGAUCUGUUUCAUGUAUUCUAGAUUUUGUUUAUAUUCUUUACCAAAGGUUUCUCUUCCUUUUCUGGGUUCCUCCCUUUUUCCCUCUGUGUUUUCUUGAGAGGGGCUUAGCAUUUCUUUAAUUAACCUUUUUAUUUCUUGCCUCACUUGAGUUUGAAUUUCAGUUUCAAAUUCAUCUAUGAAGUCACGAAUGUAUUUAUGUCUGCUGAUGUUGUGGCUAACAUUGCAUGGUUGCUGGGCUGGUUCUCUUCUGUAUUUACCUCUCCUGGGCUUAUUUUCCCAGGGUCAGCAGCUGAAAGUUUUGUCUUAUCCUUUGCUCUUGUCAUGUUUCUGGUUUCUUUCAGACAGGUGUGUGGAGGAGGUCUCAGGCCUUCUCUGUAUUCCUUACAGUUUUUCUAAAGCAUGCUGGCUGGGGGCUUGCUGCUCUCUCCACUUUGCUGAUAUCUGAGGUGGCAUGCAGGGACACUGUGGACUGGCCCGUCCCCUCUGAGCCAGUCAAUCUGCAAGUAAAUUCAGCAGUUUACACUGUGCUGUGGCAGAAGUCACAGGGUUGGAACAGUUUCGUCCCUGCCUAUUGGUUCCCAACCAGUGGCGUGGUUCAGCCCAAGCUGCUCCCACCGGUCCUCUCUGAGCAAGGGGUUGUUGACUGAUGCCACCACAGCACCGGGCUCUGCCCUACUCCAAGAUGUCUUCCAGUGAGCCACGCAUGCCAUGGGACCCAAUUUCCAGCACUCACCAAGAGCCAAUAAAGCUCUCUACCUUGGCUCCAUUCCACACUGUGCCACGUCCUCCCACCAAGGGCCCAGGACUCACCAACUCCCUUUAUCGGCAGCCCCAGCUUCAGCACAACCUUGAAUUGUCCGACUCCAUGACACUCCCAGCACAGUGCGGAAUGGGUCUCAGUGAGUAUGUUGGGCUUCAGGCCUCCACUCAGGCUUUUCCUUCCUCUUCCUGAUUUUAUUUUUCCUUUCCUCAUGGAUUAGUGAGAAUCAUUCUCCAAUCGUCUGGCCCUCUCCAUCUUGUCAGAUUCUAGCAUGUGGCCUCUUUUCCCUGGAGAGGUUCUCUAUCUAGCUUCCUAGCAAGCUGCCAUUUUUUUCUCUCUGUCCGAACCAAGAAGAUUCUUACAAAAAAGAAACACAUAAUAACACUAGCUUACUUUUAAAUAAACUAAUAUAAACUAGAGUAGAACCUUGGUUCAUGAGCUUAAUUUUCCAUAAUUUUGGAAAAAAUGGUCACAUUUGAGUUUGUGUAUAAAAGAUACUGUAUUAAAAUACUUCUGAAACAACGGAUUAUGUAAUUUGAGUAAAUGUGUGAACCCCUAUCUACUUUGUAUUUAUCCUCUUCUAUUUUGUGCUGUCUCUCUCUUUAUAUAUAUAUAUUCUCUCUCGUUCUUUCUCUUAUAGGACUGCUUUCACUGUGCUCCAUGCAUUCUAAUAUGUUCUACUGGUAUUAUCACUUAAUUCUAGGAACUAUCUUAAUUGUUAAAAAAACUUAAGAUUAUCUGACCCAUUGAUUAUUCAAUUGUAUGUUUUUUAAAUUUCCAUUUUGUUUGCAUACUUUCUGUGGUUUCUUUUGCUAUUGAAUUAAAGUUUCGUUGAACUGAGACUUGACAAUAUGCAUAGUAGAAUUUCAAUUUUUUUGCAGUUGGAUAAGUAUUCUUACUAGCUAGUAUGUGGUUUAUUUUGGAGGAAGAACUGUGUGUGACCAAAAGGCAUAUUUUGUUUUUGUUGAAGAGAACAUUUUAUAUAUAUAUAUAUGUAUAUUAACUACACAUAUUCAGAGAUUUGGUUCAACUCUGAUAUUUCUUAGUUGAAAUAGUUGUUAUUUAUGAUAGUGGGGUAUUGAGAUCCUGUACCAUAAUCAUAUGGAUGUUCCUCUGAUCUUUUAUAUCCAUUAGAGUUUGUUUUAUGAAGUUAGAUGCACUGUGGCUCAAUGUAUAUAUGUUUGUAAUUAUUAUCUCUUCCUGUUCAAUAGUUCUGAUAACCAAUAAGUAAUAUCCUUCUUUGCCACUUUUGAUCAGCUUUGGCUUAAAAUCCACUUUGUCUGAAAAUAAGGAUAUCUACUUCUGCCUGUUUCUGAGUUCCUAUUGCAUGGAAUGUUGUUUUUCAUCCUCUGAUUUUUAGUCUCUGAAUUUAGUUUUGUGUUGAAUGCAUUUCUUGUAUGUGACAUAAUGUUGGAUUUUGUUUCUUGAUCCAUUCUGCUAAUCUGUGUCUUCUGAUUGAUGCUUUCAGUUCAUUUACAUUGAUAAGUAUGAUUGAUAGGUAUUAAGUUAUUCCUGUCAUUGCAUUAAUUUCCUGUUGCUAUUUUGUGUUUCUUCUCAUCUACUUAAUUGCAAGCUCUGCCUGAUAUAUUCAUUUUAUUGGACCUUUUGGCGUUGUUAGCUUAAUUGACUCCUUUUAGCAUAUCCUUAAGAACAUUUUGAAAUAUUGGUUUGAAAGUCAUGACUUUCCAUUGGUUCUCUGUGUUAAAUUCUUUUUCCAUGUCUGGAAAAUUUUCUGCUAUUACUUUUGUGAACAGCUUUUUAAAAAAUAUCCUUUGUAAGGGGCUGGGGAUUUAGCUCAGCGGCAUAAGCACUUGCCUUGCAAGCAGGCAGUUGUGAGUUCGAUUCCUGAUACCGAUAAAAACGAAAAGGACCAAAAAAAAAAAAAAUAUAUAUAUAUAUAUAUAUAUAUAUAUAUAUAUAUAUAUCCUUUGUGCUAUCUUCUGGUUUUUUACUAAUUACUAUUAUUUUUAUUGUAAUCCUCUUUGAGUCAUCUAGGAGCUGUUGGAUCCAUAUUUUGUGUUCCUUUCUUGGUUGGCUUUUUUUUAAAUCACUGUGUUCAUUUAUGGAUUGCUGGGGAUACAGUCCAUGGAGAAUACACAGCAUGCAUUUGGGGGAGAAAUUAACCAUAUUUAUGCUGAAGACACUCAAUAAGCCUGUGAUGAGUUUAUUAGGUAGCAUAGGUCAGACCUAAGGUAAUGAAAAUGACUCAUGCAGCCCUGCACAAGUCAUUAAGAAUUCAACCUGCAAAUACAUUUGGCUGUUAAUUAUUUUUAAUUACUAAUACCUCACCAGAAGGAGAGAAGGUCAGUCUGCCUCUUUACCUUAAACGAAUGCUGAGAGACUCUGAGAAUCGUCACAAUAGGCCUCCACAUCAAAUUAUGCUUAUGCCAAAGUUUAAAGAAAUUUUGUUUCUACAAGUUCUGCUGAAUCAAUUUGUAGGCUUCAGUAUUAAACAGAGCUACACAAUUGAAACUGGAUUAGUAACUGAUUCAAAAAGACUGUAUUCAUUAGAAACCAGUUAUGUGCACUGUUGAGUUGUUCUAAUACUAGCAAACUGUUAUGCCAUAUUUGCCAAUUACUCAAGAUGUUUAUUUUAACUAGAUACAAUAAAAUG